AUGAGCACACCCAUAUGGCUAUUAAAUGGCAGCUCCAAGACGGUUAUUCUCAAAUCAAUUCUUAACGACAUAAAUGGAAUGUCGUACUAUGAUGAUAUAUUUAACAUCAUCGCAUCCUCCACUUUUGCCACUCGCAUAAACUAUUUAACAAAGGCAUCCAUGGUUGUAUUUCUCUUUCUGCGGAGUAAGUCUAUCCCCAUCCUGAUAGAAGAUGUCCUUAUUUACUGCAACAGCAACAAAAUGGCGUUCUUGUCACUGCUUGCAAAGAACAAAGGACUGAUGCCAAACUCACUGGUGACAAGAGAGUACGUGAGCAAUGUCCUGUCCAGAAUAUACGAGACAUUCAGAGCACACAUUAAGCUCAGCUACUCUUCCAUACACAAAAAAAUGAUGGUUCUGUACCACUCCAACUACUACCACAAUAAGUCUCCUCUCACUUCCAUAUUAAUUUUGUGUUUCUACGACAGCAUAAAAAAGAUAAACGUAAUAGUCAAAGAACACUACCCCACAACAACGAUGUACAGCAUACACAAAGAGACAGCGCGCAUAUCAAAAGUGCUGAAGGAAGACCCAACAGACAUACUUUUAGCAGAUGAAGCAGCAAACAGCACAGAAGAAAACGUAGAGAACGCAAAAAACAGCAAAAACAAACACAAAACGCUAAAAAUAAACCCAAGAGCAGAAACACCCACCGCAGAGAUGAUAAAAAGACAGGAAAAAGAGAGCAAAGUAGACCGGGCUAUUCUGCUGUACAUAAAUGGAAUAGGAGCCGAUGAAAACUACGCCACAGACUAUGAAGGGCUUUUGAUCGAAGGCAUGGUAAAAAGAGGAUACAGUAAGGAGAUGAUCAUGAGCCUUACAAAGAAAGGACUGGAGUACUACAACGAGUACUAG